CAACAAACAAAUCCAAGUCUGAAGUUUAAAUGACAUGUGAACUUCGUGUGUAUAGUACUUCCUCGUACUGCAGAAUGGAGAAUAUUAUUUUAACUUUGCUUUUGGUUUUAACCUCGAUAUUGUCCGCUGUUGGUACUAAUCCUGGCAUUGUAAUACGAGUCAAUAACCAGGGGUUAGCAUAUGGUAAGUUAAUAAUCUGCAGAGUUAAUAAUAUUGCGUAUGAACUUGGUAUGUGGUUGAAGCAUGAACAGACUUAUGUGAGACAACUAAGCUACUCGUUACUUAGGUUUUAACUUGUAGCUUGUACAGCUUUAUAGAGGAUUAUUUAAUCUAAUAUAUUGUAUAUAUACACGUAUAAUAAUACACUGUAUAAGUUGGUUUGCUCUAUUUAAUUUUGUUUGGUCAAAGCAUGAUUUCAUAAUAGUGUGCAUUGUCAUUGUCAGUGACAAUUUUCCUUCAAAAGGUGCUUCAAAGUUUAAUGUUAUUGAUCCGUUCGUAUUUUGUGUAACUUUUAUGUUGUUAUCCAAAAUAUUGUUUUACUGUAUUCAGCAGCACUUGGUCUAGGAUAUUUUAUGUAUAAUUAUAUUACUAAUGCUGCAGUAAUCACAGGAAGUCCAGCUUUAAAAUGAAUAUACGCUAUGUCUAUGAACUACCGAGUGAAAUAUUUCUAGUAUGUCAGAAUUAGUUGACGUAGUUCAGAGCUAGAACUUUGUUUGAUAUUUAGAUAUUUUGUGGUAGGUUUUUGAAGUCGGAACCUGCAGAAGAGAAAAAUAUAGCUAGCUUAGCAAUAAUUCAAAUACGCGGAACUACGGCACAGGCACAGACUGCUAUACCCAUGUUGAACAUCGACCAAUAUUUAUCAUUUGCCGAUUUGGAGAAUUGACAUUGUCAACCGUCGGUAUUAAACUGAACAAAUGCUUGAAUUACACAGGGAAAUGAAAUUAAUUUUGAAGCCUGUUUGACAGUCACAGGCAGUCUCCAUAUUUUUCCCACACUUGAUAUUCAAUAAGAUUUAAAACACGGCUGCUGUAAAUCUAAACAGCAUUUUUCUAGACACACACUAUAAUACGAAUGCAUUAUCAGUUAAAGUUUAAAUAUUCUAUGUUGUUUCAUCGAUCCACUCAGCCGUGCACAUUUCUCUUUGGUGCAUAAAAAUGGUUACUAGGAGGAAGUCGAGCGAAAAUGAUAUACGUUUUCGGUCAGUGAAACAUGUGUCUACGAACAUGGCAUAUGUCAAUUUCUGACAGUUCAGUAUGCUGCUAAGUUCAUGUCCAAGUUAUAUUGUCUAUUGAUCUCUGAAUUUGUAUCUGUAGGCAUCUCACUCGCAAGAACACAUUGUAGAAAGGUUUUUUAGUUGCAAGUUUCGAGUGUGAAUUUUAUACAUUUAUUAGACGUAACCAGGUGCAGUUGUGAAAAAUGCAACAGUAUAUGCCAUCUGGCUGUAACCAACUGAGCUACAGAGUCCAGUUGUCGAGCUCUAACCACAAGUUCAUGUUUAUAUACUAAGAUGACGCCAAUGUUAGGUGCAUGGGUCAAUACCAGGAUUUUUGGAUUUAAAAAGGCCUGAUUUGAAUGUAGCGUGAUUAAUGAUAAUUAGAACUGCUUUUGUAGCAAUUAAUUUUGUUCGCUUCAAUAAUGGACAAUUAAAAGGAAGUUGGUUCUAAUUUUAGACUGUAUGUUUUUUAUAACAAAACAAAUAGCAAAAUGAAGGAACUUCUGAAGGAACAAAGCAAGGGUUACCGGGAAACACGCAUGACUAGACUUUCGAGUUUGUGUCAACAAUUGCAAUUUGUGUUCCGGUGUUAAAUUUUCCUUACGAAAGUAUGAAGGAAGCUUUACGGUGUAUAUUAGACUUCCUCAAAGUUCGUUUUCUUCUUGGGGGGACAAUUCAAGCGAAACAGGAAGAGAGAGGGAUUUAGGCCCUCCACGAUCAGGAAAAUAAUGGAGUGUUUCUUGAAAAUAAUCAGGAAAAUAAUGGAGUGUUUCUUCUCUUUUUCAAUUGGUACCUGGUAUUUCCUCCAAAAACCUCACUUCCCCCAACUGGGCGAGAUUUCCGCGAAGUGAAACAUAUUUCCGUUUCUUUAGUCGACAGCGUCGCUAUUCAAGUGUUGGUUAACAAGCUGAAAACCACGACCAUCAAAGAUUAUUCUGGAGAGACAAGUACACCUCUAGGAGAUUUUGAAUAUGAUCUCACGAAGUAAGACCUUCCUACAUUAUUUGUGACAUCAUAUAAACGACACCAAAAUCAGGGCCGUCGCUAUAGGGGUGUGGUGGGGUGGUGGUGAGGUGAGGUGGGGUGGUGGUGAGGUGGGGUGGGGAUGAGUUGAGGUGGGGUGUGAAGUUGUCCCCUCUUUCCUCAUCUUAACAACGAAGGUUUUAAUUUUAAUGUAUAUUUCUCUGUAUUUUCAGCCUCCAUAAUACGGGUGCUUCCAUUGCCAAAUCUUCCUUCAAGACUGUGCCGGGUGUUGGUCUCGAUCUCUCGGCGUCAGGUGUUUAUGUUGCGUUCACUGGAAACUGGCACUACAGGAAAACUCAUUGGUAUACGUCAUUCUUUAUUGUCCACUAUAAUUCUGGACAAUAAUACGCGGUUUCCCCCCUCGCAUGCUUUCUCGUCGUGUUAUCUCGCAAUAUGUAUUCAUCCCAUAUUUAUAGCAAUCAACUAUCUGAGCGCUCUUUUAUAAUGCCUUGGUAUAAAAAGCCAUAGUCGGGGGGAUCUCUGUGGUGUAACCGACGGUUAAGAGGUUGAAGAAGGCAAAAACCAAGGGAUACGGCCGAAGCACGCGUGCAUAGUAUGGGUUGAUUAUGGGAGAGAGUGGAUAGUCCUGUGUGCACUCGUUUCAAUUAUUAUUUGCCAAUAGACGCAUGAUGCUAUCGCCAAGGUUCCUGGACAUUUUUUCAACAAUUCCUAAGUAAUUAUUACGUUGUGUCUUCUUACAUAUACAUCUACACAGUAUAUUUGUGUUUUCCAGGCCACACGUAAGCGACAGUGGUACUUUUGACAUGUCUGCCAGUGACAUCUCGUUCAGCUUGACCGCAAAGAUUGGUACGUAGAACUAAUAGUUCGUUGAUAUGCGCAACCCAGAUUAAACUUAAGCAUUUUUUUUAAUUUACAGGAACAGAAAAAGGUAGACCGUCAAUCACGACUGCGUCCUGCUCCGAUAACGUUGGUGAUUUAAAUAUAAAGUUUCAUGGCGGGGCAAGGUAAAGUACGAAGUACCCUGAUUGUUUUGAAGUACCCUGGUUGUUUUAUAGAAGUCCAGGUUGAAAAGAUGCCACUAGGUUUUCAUCACAUGUAUGUUUCAGAUAAUUAUUGGUUAUUUUAUUUUCCUUAGCUGGCUGUACAACUUAUUUCGAAGCAAGAUUGCCGAUUCCAUAAAAUCUCAACUCAAUAAUCUUGUAAGUUUUGAAUUUGCUCUAGAUGUUUCUAGCUUAAUCAGUAAUCACUAUCUGGAUUUGGGUGUCGCUUGCACAGUGAUGAUGAGUCACAGAUGUGUCUUGCAUUUCUGUUCCCUGGAUUCCCUCUUUUAGUGACACUUAACCAAAGAAUGGCCUUUACAGAACCCGAGGGGUGUCGAGAUUUUUUUGAUCUUGAAAAUUUCUAACAAAUAUUUUGACCAAAUUAAUGUAGAUCUGUGAAGAAGCAACUAAAGCAAUCAACGAGGACGCUGAGAAAGAAUUGGCAACAUUUCCUGGUACAUCAACAUUUCUGUGACGUUCUUUGUCAUGUGUAUAGUAAAAUUCUGAUAAUGAUAUUUGCAUGCAUGCAGGUUCUAUAUAAUGGUCGUAUUGGAUGUCUUCUAAUCAGUAAAUUCAUAGCUCUAAGUGCCUUGACCAUGUUUAUUUAUUUGGCAACGAUCCGUAAGCCCAGAUCUUCAUCAAUGAAAAUAUUAUAAUUUUUUUUUAUCGUCAUGCAUGCAAACCUAACAGCAUAAGUAAUUCUUAUCUUUCAGUUCGCAAAAAGCUUGACAAAUAUGCUCUAAUUGAUUAUUCGUUCAUUGAACCUCCCCUGUUUGAGGAAAACUAUAUGGACGUUAGACUAAAGGUUGGUCACAUUAUAAAUAUAUACGAAGCUUUUGUGUUCCAGGUUCAGAUGUUUAUUUAUGUGGGUGUUCGAUUCCAACACAAGGCGUUUUUUAGUGUAAUGUUGCGUGCAUUCGAAUGUGAGAACAGUGCUUCCAGUUUGGCUCUAUCAAUUCACCGCCAGCUUUUUCUGCAAUCGUGGUGGAAAAACUUGUUAAUGAAAUGCAAAGUUGCCUGUGUGAGAUUUUAAUGAUGGUAGUAUCAUUUCUGUAUCGUAUCUACGUAGAAUAUCCUCCUUCCCCUUAUGUUGCCAAAUUGCAUUUAAAGUGUGGGGAAAAUAAUUACAACAUUUUAUGGGGGAGAAUUGAAGUUAGUCGAAUCCUAAAAUUUCUGUCUGGUUUAUUAAUAGUUUCCCCACGAUUGUGGGUACUACGAUUUUCUCCCGGCCUAGUAAAACAGAACAAUAAACGCAUGGCAUGAAUUAGUACAUGCAGUUAAUGAAAAAUGGAAAAUUAUUCUUUUUCUCUUCCAGGGAGAGUUAAUGUCAGCAACUCAUCCGACAGAAUCAGGCCUAACACCUCCUGUCAUCCCCGCGAAUCAAACCUGUACUAAAAUGAUAUGUUUAUACAUCACUGACUACGUCCUCAACACUGCUGGCCAGGUGUACUAUAAGGAAAAUUUCUUUAAUGCGACUGUGAAUGCCUCGCAGGUAUGAAUUAAUUGUUGGUUAAUAUCCUGUCACAUGCUUAUAAUUACCAUUGCCCUGAAAUGUUUUUUGCCUGAACAGUCUUGCUUUUGUGCAGAGUUUGUCAUUUAUAUGUUUUAGUAUACUCAAAGGUAAACUGUGUUAUUUAAGGUACCUCCAUCGUUCAAGUACCAGCUUAAUACGAACUUAUUGAAACUGCUCGGCUUGUCUAAAGUAAGUAAAAAAAAGUUGAAUGGUGUGGAAAAGUGUUUUACCUUGAGCAGAGUCCACUGAGCAAACCGUUUCACGUCUUUACCUUCUGUAUUCUCAGGUAUAUGCUGAAUAUCCUGACCGCCCACUCUUCCUACAUUUGUAUUGUACCAAACCUCCGAGUAUGAACACGCAGCCCACAGGAAUAAACUUCGCAAUCACUGGCAAUGUUGAGGUCUAUGUUUUUACGAAAGAAAACAAACUCGUCUUUUUGUUCUCCUUGGUUGCGGUAAGCAGUUCUUUUACAUAGAGGUCAACACUGAAUUAAACUUAAAGUAAGCUUUUAAAUAAGUUAACUUGCUGCUGUUAUGAGUUGAGGUCGUAGAAAGUGGUCGCUUUGGCCCACGAAAUCUUUUAUUGGCCCAAAGUAUGAGGUCAGCCAUUGUUUGAUCAGAGGGUACCAAGUGUUUGAUAGUGUAGCCCCUGACCCAGCGUAUACCGAAAUGACUUAAUACAGUCGCGAUCAUCUGCAAUAUUACAGUGAGAUAUUUUUUACUUUUUAGGACCUAACUGGCAGUGGCGCAGCACGUGUCAAUGGUACAAUCUUGCAAGGAUCUGUUUCGAAAUUUUCGUGAGUGCCAAAUAAUAUUACCACAGCAACAACCAACGAACAACCGGCCAACAACUUGCAAUCAAUCAGCGAACAACCAAUGAACAACCAGCGAAGAACCCAAAACAAUUACAUUUUGCAACGACCAUCAAGAACCACGCAACGACAACGAAAGCAACAACAACGACAAUAACGACAACGAAAACAACAACAACAACAACAACAGCAACAACGACGACAAAAAGAUCUCAUGUUUUAUUUGUAUUGUAGCGUUACUUUUGCUGUUUUGAAAUCAGCUGUUGGUGACAUAAAGGUAAGAUAUCAACCACCUCUGGAUAAAGAUUCUAAAUACCGUAAAUAGUUAAAUUAUAAGCACACUCUCAAUGAUAAACAUUCCCAAUCUAAUACAGGGCGCUUAUUAAAUUGAAAUAAACCCUUUAAUUAUUGUGGGACAUACAGCUAUCAUAAAAUGCACAAUUAAUGUUCAUUGUGUGUAAUAGUAUUAUUUUAUGUCAUGAUUUCAGCCUAAUAUUGGACUUAUGAAUAUACUGCUUCACGUCCUAGCUGAGAACACAAUCAUAAAAGAGCUCAACGGUAAGUUUUACGAAUGCAUUUUUCUUUGAUCUUGACCACAACCCUAUCCCUAAUCAUUUCCCCCAGCCCCAGUUACGAAAUAGAAAAGUAAAUAUUUGUAUUCCAAGGCUCACCACAUGAAAUUGUUAUUUCCCUAAUAGAGAAAGGCAAAAAAGGCAUACCACUUCCAGUUCUAGACAAUGUACAGUUGGAAGAUGCGGAUAUCUAUUUUGGGAAGGUAAGGCUCAACCGUUGACCUGUACUAUACUCGAUGUGGAAAAAAAGACAAUUUUUUUGCAGCUUGCAACACAAUGUUAUUUUUUAAAACAUAUUAUGAAAGAUUAAUUGUGAGCUUAACUUAGGUCUUACUACGCUGAUCUACUCUUUACAUAACAUGGCCAGGAGAUGUGAAGAUGUCAAUGGUACUGAAAAAUAUCGGCAAAGUAAACCUGGGCCAUGCUUACUGUCGUUCCAAUUGAAGUGUUGCUCAAAUAUUGAUUCAAUACAUUACCUCGGGCUGACCAAUUCAUUUGAUCAAGUUCCUCGAGAUAUUCAUACACUUCCUAGUAUAAUUGUAAACUUCCUAUUGAAUAGUUUGAAUGCACCAAUCACCUUUGUUGUUUGUGCAACUAACCAAUCAUAAAUAGAAAGGAAGUGACCAGAAAUGAUCAAAUACUUGGAAUUGGCUCUUUCACAGGAAGUGUAUGAAUAUCUCGAGGAACUUGAUCAAAUGAAUUGGUCAGCCCGAGGUAAUGUAUUGAAUCAAUAUUUGAGCAGCACUUCAAUUGGAACGACAGUAACAUUUUCAGUGAGCACAUUUCUACAUAAUGUGCAUGCUCUGUGUCAUAAAUUGCGCUGCAAGCUGCAGAAUUGGCAAAAUUGGAACUGGCGUCUGUAGCUCAGUUGGUUAAAGCGCUGCACCGGAAUUGCAGAGCCGCAGGUUCCGGCGAUUUCUUCCAGAGGGCAUGAAGUUGCAUUUUUCGCAACUCCUCUUGGGUAGGUCUAAAAAAAUUUUUAUAUAAUUUACACUGAAAAAUUCCAUCCACGAAAGCCUUUUCGAGAUUUAAAUCUAUCAAGUGAGAUGCUCAGAAUCAUGAUUACUGUUACGUUAGACACCACCAACGGAUGUUCAAAUUGGUUUGGUUGUGACUGUAAUACACCAUUUCCAUAAUUACGUCAUUUGGCCUGGGAGCCUCGCUCUCAUGAAUCGUGAGCCAAUCACCUUGCGUAAUAUACUAAUGAGAGCGAGGCUCCAAGACCAAAAAGUAUGUGUGGCGUAAUUAUCGAAGGGGUGCAUUGAAAACGGCUUUCAGGAAAUCUAUUUCAAUCUAAUCCUAAUCUUUUGUAUUCUUUUAGAACUUCUUUUCAUUUGAUACUGAUCUCAAGUACACUGGACCGCUAAAAGUUCCAAACAAGAUCAAAAAGAUUCCUAUCUUGGCAUGAUGAGAAAGGUGGAAUUUAAAGUGGAAGCACUGCCGUCAGAUUAGUUCAGUUGGUAUGAUUUUACGUAUUUUUAUGUGUGGAAGUAGAAAAUUAGCUAUGCACAAUAAUGUAAGGCACAAUCCAAAAUUAAUAAUGAAUAAUUUUAAAUUGUUAAUCACUUUUACGCUAUCAUUGCAAAUCAGGAGAAUUUUGUAUAUGCGGGGAUCACACCUCAAUAAACAUUGAUUU